AUGACUAAUGAAACACGUCGUUCAACGAGAUCUCGAGCAAGUUUAAAUGUAAAAUUUGCCGAUGAUCCGGAUUAUGAUGAACAUACAUUUGAAGACGAUCAGGGCGACGACGACAAUAUUGACGAACUGCCGGUGGCGCGUGUUAAACAAGAGCAGCAGCGACACACAAGUCAAAAUAUUAAUACCAAUAGUAGUAAUAUUUUGAAACGACGUCGUGGACGGCCAGCCAAACGCGAACUUUCACAUGAAAACGAUGAAGAUUGGCAUGUUGACGACGAAGAAGAUUUCUCCGCUGUCACACCAGUCAAUGUGACAUUAAGUCCACAAGCAAACUCAUCGAUUUAUGAAUUUAGUGAAGUUUCAAAUCGGAAAAAUAUUGGUUCAUCAGGAAACAAUAUUUCACGUGAUUCAACAAAGGCACAAAAUAAGAUUCGUCGUGAUGAAAAACACUUAUGUCCUUAUUGUAAUUAUUGUACAGGUAAAAAAUAUCUUCUUCAACGUCAUCUUAAGUCCCAUUCAACUGAACGACCACAUAAAUGUACAUACUGCUCCAAUACUUUUAAAACAACAGCACAAUUACAAAAUCAUGUCAAUACACAUCUAGGCAUCAAACCAUUCCAAUGUAAAUUUUGUGAAUAUAAAUUUACAACAAGUGGUGAAUUAAUUCGUCAUGUUCGUUAUAAGCAUACAAUGGAAAAACCACAUAAAUGUGAAGAAUGUGGUUAUGCAACAGUUGAAUUGAGUAAACUUCGUCGACAUAUACGUACACAUACAGGUGAAAAGCCGUAUGCAUGUCCACAUUGUUCGUAUUGUAGUCCGGAUACAUUUAAACUUAAACGUCAUUUACGUGUUCAUACAGGAGAACGACCGUAUCAAUGUACGAUAUGUAAAUUUCGAUUUACUCAAAGCAAUAGUUUAAAAGCACAUAUGUUAACACAUCAAACAAAUGCACAAAAAUUUCAUUGUACAUAUUGUCCAACGGUAUUAACACGUAAAGCUGAUCUGAAACAGCAUAUGAUUAAAAAGCAUUCUAAUGAUGAAGACUUUGUAACAUGUCUUAAAUGCGAUCAAGAAUUUGCUGAUCCAAAUGAAUUAAAUCAACAUAGAAAAAUUCAUCAUGAAAAUAAUAAUAAUUUUACUGUGCCACGUAUUCAACUUACUUGUGCAUUAUGUUCAUAUAAAACAUUUUCACCAAAUAUGCUUGAUGAACAUAUGAAUUCACAACAUCGAGACCAUCGAACAUUUCAAUGUAACGAAUGCGGUUUAAUGUAUGCAACACGUGGUGACCUUCGACAACAUAUUACAAAAGUUCAUCGUUGUGGUGUUUAUGCGAAAAUACCUGCUGGUGGUUUAUCAAUUCGACCACGAACAUUUUCAUCAUCAUUGAAAAAUGCUCAACGUUCAUCUUCAACAUCAUCAUUAUCUCCAAUAAAACAGCAAAUUAAUCGCCGUGAAACGGUCUAUCGAUGCACAUUGUGUUCAAAUAAAUUUACACAUUUACGUGCUAUUGAACGUCAUCAUUAUGAUGCUCAUAACGUUGACCCAUUUGAUGUCGAAGCUAUGAAAAGUGCGACUAUACAAGAGGAAGAAGAAAUUGAAGAUGAGCAACAGCAAGAUGAAUCAAUGGUAAAUGCUCAAUCCGACAUGCAAGAACAAGAAAUAUACAAUAGAGAUGAAGAUGAACAAAUGGCUAUUAUACAAUUUCGUAAUCAAAAUCACAAUGCUGAACAAUCACCAUUAAUUGUUAAAAUUGAACGAGAUGGUACAGAUGAUUUUGAAAAUGCUGAUGAUUAUAUAACAAAUAAGCCAACACCGCGCACUCGUCAAUUGCAAAAAGCACGUCGAACAUUAUCAAAAACUUCUUUUGAUAAUUCAUCGUAUGCUGAUUCGUCAACUAGAAAAAAGGAAUAUUUACAGAAUUCAAACUAUGACAUGAAAGAACAUUAUGAUGAUGACAUGGAAGUUGAUCCUGAACAUGAAACAGGUGACACAUUUGUUGAAAAUAUUGCUGAUGAUGACGAUAAUAUCAAUGACGAAGACAAUCUUGUUAUUAAAUAUCGUUCGUCAACUCAAAAAUUGACUUCAUUUUAA